AUGGGAGGUGACGAUCAUCAUAAAUUAGACCAAGCUAAGGACAUUGCUACUGGUGUUGCCGGAGGUGUUGGUGGUGGUGCUAUUGCCAAUAAGUUAGGUUUAGGCCAAGCUGGAGGCAUCGUUGGUUCUGUUGCAGGCUCGAUUGGUGCCAACAAGGCCGACCACAAAGCUGAAGAAAAGAAGUAG